UGUAGAAGAGCAGCCUUGAGAGCUCACAGACAAGCCAAGUCCUGCUGCGGUGUGAGGUGCGGCCUCACAGCUGACAAUGCCUGCCAGAGUCGAGGGGUCUGCUGCUGUUUCACUGCUACACUGCCCACUUUGAGGUCACAUCAGCUUUAGUGAGAAGCAGCCUUCAAAAGAGACAACCUCACAUUCAUCUAAAAAUGAGCAAGAAAAGAAGAUCUGACAAAGAUGUUGAUGAUCUUUGUGUCUUAGCCUGCUGAGAGGUCACUUGAACGUUGGUGAAAUGAGCCUUUAGAAGAAAUAAACAGUCAUUUAAACCACAAAAUCUAAAGAUGAGUGAAGACGGCUUGUGUGAGAAGUUUGUGUCAAUGAUUUCCAAGAAAGGAAGAUCAGAUGAAGACAUUGCUGCUCUGUCUGGUUUAACACAGAAGUUUCCUGAAGUAAUACAAACAUUUUCUCAUGAUGAUCUCCUCAAGAUCACCGAGUUCUACAAGCCCCACCUGGCAUAUGUGAUUGAAUACGACAUCAGGAGUAUCCUGCAGAACCUGGCCACCAAGAACAUCCUAACCAAUGAUGAGGCCAAGAGAUUCAAAGCCAAAGAACAGUGUGAGGGGCGAGCAGGUGUGGAGUCCUUCAUCAGUGACAUAAUGAAGAUGGGCAGUGCAGUACUGGUGAGCCUGUGGGAAGCCUUGGCUGAAGAACUUAUGAGAUUUCCGUCACCAAACCUGCCAAGAAUACUGAAAGAGGUGACAAUGAGUGGACCAGACCUCUUGAAGGACAUUCAGGCCAGUCUCCAGCCCGCUCCCAUUGACACUCAUAUUAAAGACCUCCAUGAGAUACAUAGAGAUGGUGUGUCCAAAUCUACAAGAUCUCUGGAGGAUCAGGCUUUUCUUGGAGAUCCAUACACCAGAGCUGUGGGCUUUGAGACUCGAUACACAGAGCUGAUGGUCUUUAAACAGUUCAAAAGAACUUACAGUGAGAGGCUCCAUGAACUUGAGAAGAUGGGUAAGACUCAUGCAGAGCUAAUAGAGGAGCGGACAAAAGAAAAAUGUGAGCGAAUCUGGACAGAGCAGCUUUUUAGGAGGAGUCCUGAAAGUGAGACAGACCCUCACAUUGUAGUGGUCAGUGGGGUGGCUGGAAUUGGGAAGACCAUCAUGGUCCAGAAGAUCAUGUUUGACUGGGCCAGAGGCACUAAGUACCAGAGGUUUGCAUUUGUGUUUCUAUUUAAAUUCAGGGAGCUGAAACUACUAGACACAGAGGCAGAACCACAGAUGCCUCUGACCAGGCUGAUUGUAAGGCACUAUAAAUAUCUCAAUGACCCAAGACUGAGACAAAUCCUGCAGAAACCUGAAUCACUCCUCUUUAUAUUUGAUGGAUUGGAUGAGUACAAACACAAACUGGACUUUACACACAGUAAGCUCUGCUCAAACCCAGAGAAGGACUAUUUUCCUGUCCACACCCUGGUCACCAGCCUGGUCAGAAGGACAUUACUGAAGGGCUGCACAGUCCUGAUAACAACCAGACCAACAGUCCUGGAGACCCUGAACAUGAAGAUUGUUGAUCGGUUUGCAGAGAUCCUGGGGUUCUUCCCUGAACAAAGGCUGAUGUACUUUAAGAAGUUCUUUGGUGAUGCUGAUCAGGGCUCUGAGGCUUUUCAGUAUGUUGAGGAGAACGACAUCCUGUACACCAUGUGCUUCAACCCCUCGUACUGCUGGAUUAUCUGUUCUGUGCUGAAGAACCACUUCAUGACACCUGAAGAAGAGCGAGGAGCUGCACCAAGAACUGUCACCGAGCUCUUUGUGAUGUUCCUUCACAACAUCCUCACCAAACACAAGCGAGCAGCCAAAGACCAGCGAGAGAUGCUGAUCAAACUAAGAAAGAUGGCUUAUUACGGCGUGGUGAACAAGACUCUUGUGUUUUAUGACAAGUUUGAGAUGUCCACCUUUGGUCUCCCAACAGUUGUCUUGUCCUCUCCAUUCCCCUCAGGGUUCCUCAAAGAAAUCCUUCAGAGGGAAAGCACUCUGGAGCACACAACAUACACAUUCUACCACCUCACCCUGCAGGAGUUCAUGGCUGCCUUAUCCUAUUACCUCGAUCCAUCAGGGGGCAUUGAGGAGCUGCUUGUGAAGCUGGACUUGUGUAAAGAUGGCCGGUUUGAGAUUCUCACUCGAUUUUUAGCAGGACUGGCCAGGCCUUCUGUGUUUAAAACACUGGGGGAGGUUAUGGGGGAGUUUGAGAGGAAGACAGCAAAGCAGAUACUGGAGUGGGUGAAGAAGAAAGCUGAAGAUGCGCUACAGAGACGGGAUAACACUGAAGCUCUGCGAGUGUGUCAGUUGCUCUAUGAGACUCAGAAUAAGAGAUUAAUCAGAGACUUCAUUGGGAAGGAUUUAAUGAUGGACUUUACUAGAUUGAUUUUAUCUCCUCUGGACUGUGCUGUGCUGGGCUCUGUCAUCAGCUGCUGUGAAGAACUUGAGGAGCUCGACCUGAAAUACACACAUCUGACCACCGAGUGCAUCAUGAGAUUGGCGCCAGGGCUCAUCUGCUGCAGACGUGUCAACCUGUCUCAUUGUGGUCUCACUUCCAGAUGUUGCUCAGCUCUCUCCUCAGCUCUUUCUUCUCCACACUCACGACUGACUGAACUGAACCUGAGCAACAACAACAACAUGGAGGACUCAGGAGUGAAUCAGCUGUGUGAG